AAUGACUUUAUAAUCCUGAUUAUUCAUCCUUUAUUAGAAGUCUAAUGAAAUCAGUUCGCAGAAAGUAAAGUCUUUGGAAGAAGCGUUAAAGAAGGAACAAGAAGCAAGACAAGCGGCAGAGCAAGAUGCAAAGAGUGCAGAAACGUCAUUAAAGAAGAAAUUAGAUGAAUUUCAAUCAUUAGAAACAAAAUAUGCUGGCAUAUUGAAUAGAGCUAAAGUGAUCCAACAUGAGAAGAAUAAGCUGUCGGAAGAAUUAAAGGCGCUGAAGGCAGAACAAGAAAACAGUGCAAAGAAUAAUGCCAAGAACAAUGAAGGCGCUAAUACUGCAUUAGUUGCUGAACUUAAAGAAAAGAUGGCUGCGAUGGAGGAAGAACUGAAGAAAGCAAGACAGGAAGUGGUGGAUGUUACUAUUGAAAUAGGAAGACUCAGGGUGAUGCAUUCAAUGUCUCAAAACAGAAACAAACGGCUUCAGGAGGAACUUACAGCGCUUAAGGACGCAGCGCCAGCAGAACCAGAAGUAGAAGCAUCUACUGAUCUAUCUUUAACAGACAUUGCAUCUGAAAACGUAGAAGACAGCGCAGAAGGUGAAACUACAGCCUCAUCAGAAAAGACAAACAACAAGUCCGUAGAACAAGUCGUUGAAAACAGUGAACUAUCUGUGGAUCAACCCUUGGAAUCUUUCGAGGAUCAAACGACGGAACAAACUCUGGGGCAGACAGAUAAUAACAAUAAUAAUAAUAAUGAUAAUCAGUCAGUAACACAAACAGAAGAAGUUCUUGACAAAGAUACCACUGAGGCUGAAGAUUCCCUAGCCGAAGAACAUAGUAGUGUCAAGCGUGAGAGAGAAACAGAGGAAGGUGAAAUUGAAACCCCCGAGAAGAAACAUAAAGUGUGAAUAUAUAAAAAAGGAUAACGCCAUGGAUUUGAAAAAGCGGAAUUAAAUGUAUUUUAUGCCUUUCGAUAUUUUUUUUUUUUAUUCUUUAUUUUUAUUUUUUAUUUUUU